GUUAUCCUAUUCCCUCCAUGAUUUUGUAGUUUUGCCCUCAUUGUGGUGACCCAGGGAGGAGCGUGCCCUUUCUUUCUCCCCAUCUCUCCCUGUGUCCCUUCUUUAGUCCUCCCCCACUCACUGCAGUUGGUCUGUGUGUUGCCUGCGGUGAAGAAAACAGGAAUGUCCCCCCCUCUCCCUGUACGUCACCGCUGAUGUGUCUUGUUCCUCCAGCCCAUUCCUCCUCUCCCUCCAGUCAUCAUAUUCUUCUCUUCCCUGUUCCCUCUAUCGCUCUGCAUCCCCCUCUCCUCCAUUGAUCUCCCUCGCCCCUUGUCCUCACAUACAUAGAGGAUGAUGAUGAUGUGACUCCCCCUCCCACCACCACCACCACCACCACCAUCCUCCUGCUUCUGCUGGUCCUCCCCUCCUCUCUGCAGUGCUGAGAAUAGUCCGGCUAUGAAUCCGCUCUUAACCCCCAAUCUCCUCCUGGUCUCGUCGGAUUCUCCUCUGCAGUCGGGGGACAGCCCCCUAUCACCUCCGCAAUCGUCGCUGCUAGGAGCCCCCUAUGCCCAAGGUGGGGGGGCCUCGGCUUUGCGCAAUGACUUUGGUUCCAACAUCAGCGUCUUGAAGACCCUGAACUUGAGGUUCCGUUGCUUCUUGGCCAAGGUUCAUGAGCUGGAACGUAGGAACCGCUCUCUGGAGAGGGCGUUGGAGAGAGCCCAGGGAGCAGGGCCCAUCACCAGGGACCAAGCAGUCCAGACCGGCUUUGUGGGGCCCAUUUUACCGCCGCCUCUUCUGGGGCUCACCCGUCCGACCCCGACGCCCCCCCCUCCUCAACCAUGGGUGUACGGGGCACGGAGGCUGAUGACCAGGUCCGAUGUGAGCUCAGUUGGCGCUGGAUGUGGAGCUUAUUGGGGUCACGCCGACGGGGUCGGAGUUCAGAUUGACACCAUCACCCCUGAGAUCAGAGCUCUGUACAAUGUUUUGGGGAAGGUCAAGAGGGAACGAGAUGCCUACAAGCAGAGAUGGGAGGAGGAGUACACAGCGCGUGUUCAGCUGCAGCAGAGGUUGAAUGAGAUGGACGAGGAGGCCCAGGAGUCCGCACUUUACCAGGAAGAACUGGUGAUGAAAGUCAAACAGCUGAAAGCCGAACUAGUUGUCUUCAAGGGGUUAAUGAGCAAUAACCUGACAGAACUAGACACAAAGAUCCAGGAGAAGGCUAUGCGAGUAGAUAUGGACAUCUGCCGGCGCAUCGACAUUACCGCCAAACUGUGCGACGUGGCUCAACAGCGGAGUUGCGAGGACAUGAUCAACAUGCUGCAGACCGUACACCUCUCCCCUAUGAAGGUUCUGGGAAGAAGAAAAGAAAGGAAACCGGCAACCGACGACGAGGCAUCCGUAUGCGACAGCGAGAGUGCAAGAGGAGCAGACGAGGACGAGAGUACAGCCAUGAGCAUCAAUGAGGAGAUGCAGAAGAUGCUCAACCAGCUACGUGACUAUGAUUUUGAGGACGACUGUGACAGUCUUGCUUGGGAGGAGACGGAGGAAACGUUGUUGUUGUGGGAGGACUUCUCUGGAUACGCCAUGUCUUCCGUCGACAACCAGGGAGAGACCCAGGACGACAGCCUAGAGGAGGUCAUAAAAGACACAGAAUCGCUCUUCAAGACUCGGGAAAAGGAAUACCAGGAAACCAUAGACCAGAUAGAGCUGGAAUUGGCGACAGCUAAAGACGACAUGACCAGACACCUACACGAAUACAUGGAGAUGUGCAGCAUGAAGAGAGGACUGGACGUACAGAUGGAGACGUGCCGGAGACUGAUCAACCAAUCAGAGGAAGAGGAGAGGUCUCCACCCCCUAGUAGUGAAUCCGUCUGCAUUGAAGACCCCGAAGACUCGGACCGUGACCCUCCAUCUUCGGACAGCUCGGCCAGAUGAUGAAUGCCUGGCCCGUCAUCCCUCACCUGCCACCACUGCCUCGGAAGAAGAUGACUCUGGAUGUAUAUAUGUUACCUAACUAGAGUAAAGACGCUUGGUACAUGGGGGGUGCAAUCCUGCAAAAACGCUUGUUAUACACCAGGGGGGGAGAACACUGUCAAACUCUGGGUGUAUAAAGGGUGCAAUACUGCAUACCCCCAUGUUUGGAGGGGGGUGCAAUGCUACCAGGUCUAUAUAUAGGUGUAAUGCUUUAUCCAAUGCUGGUUGAGUAUAGCUGCUAUACUGUCUGUAGAUACCGUCUCUGUAGGGCUGAGUACUAGGCAUGAAUUUUUUUAAUUUAUUUUUUGUUUCCUGGGAUAAGUACUGGGAAUGUACGGGUGUCCCGAGCCAAUGAUAGAGGAUUAAAACUCUCACCAUCCGAGGUUGGGUACAUAUAGAAGCGUAAUGCACUCUAAACCUAUAUAUAGAGCAGUGUUUCCCGACACGGUCGCCUCCAGCUGUUGCAAAACUACAACUUCCAGUAUGCCCGGACAGCCGAAGGCUCUGGUUUAUUAUCUAGGUCAGUGUUUCCCAACCAGUGUGCCUCCAGCUGUUGCAAAACUACAACUCCCAGCAUACCCGGACAGCCGAAGACUGGGAGUUGUAGUUUUGCAACAGCUGGAGGCAUUCUUGUUGGGAAACAUUGAUAUAGAGUAACAUUUUUACAGAAGCCUUGGGGUCUUUGUAAACCCUGUGGCCAUCAUGUGUGUAUAUAUAUUUAUAUGUAUACACACACACAUGAUGUAUAUAUAUAUACACACACACAAAAUGUUACUCUAUAUCAAUGUAUCCCAACAAGAGUGCCUCCAGCUGUUGCCGCCAGCUGGAGGCAACCUUGUCAGGAAACACCACUCUAUGUAGGUGUAGAGUACAUUAUUAUA